AUGUACAUCUUUUUUCUUGAGAACUACAACUCCCAAGAGACAGCUCGGCGCCGCCGCACCGCCUCCCGCUGUGGCCCUGCCCCGUCCCCUCCCUCCAGCCCCGCCCUCCCGCUAGUCCCCUCCCCUCCCUCCGAGCGUGGGUCAGAGACCCAGAGGCGGUGGAACCGUCGGGGGGCGCCGCCGCCGCCGCCGCCUCCAGCAGCAGCACCAACCUCGCCGCGCUUUCGGAUUUGCCUCGAGCCCUCCCGGAGCGCAUCACAAAGCGGAUCCCGCGGCUCUUCCUCCGCCCGCGGCUUCUCCAGCGUUCGGCUCCGCGGCCAACUUCCCCUCGCUGGGCUCGGCCGGCUGGCGAGCAAGGCGGCGGCGGAACGCCGGGCUGUCUGCUCGCGAUCCGCGCGCACGCACACUUCUCCCCCCUCGCUCCGGGUGUCGGGGCCGUGCUGGGAUUCCGGCCACCAGCAGUUGUCCGGUGAGUGUGGCCGCAGGAGGGGUCGCGGCGGGGCCGCCGAGGGGUGCGGGCCAGGCAGGCGCGCAACUUCCUCAGUGGCUUGCCCGGGCGGCCGGCCGCCCGGCUCUCCCCUCCCGCCUGCGCGCUCCCGCGCCAGAGGCGGCCGGGAGCGGAGUUUGCGGCGCCGGCAUCCCGCGCCCUCGCAGGAGGAAGCGCCUUUGUCAGGAGCCGGCCCGGCGCGCCCUCCCCCUCUGCCUGGGAGCGGGCGCGCGGGUGGCCAAGUCCGAGCCCCGCGCUCGGGGCCGGGUCGCCAGCUGCCGGAGGGGAGCUCCGCGGGGGCGGGAAGCGAGACCGAAACCAAAGGGAAACAAAAGGGGUCGUGGGCUUUUCUUUUGUUUGUGCGACACUGA